GAUAAAGCGAGCUUGUACUCAGUUUUCUAUUCCAAAAUUUGUGCAAUAUUUUCAUUCAGAAAUAUAAGUGAACAUUUUUUCAACUUAAUAGGGAUUCUCUGUCCUUAAAUCAGAUACUCCUUGUGAUAGGGGAAGUUUGUGGAGCAGCAUGGCUUUCUACCUGUUCAGUGUGCAUGUUCCUUUAAGUUUUGGAGGCUUGUCUGCCGUUACCAGCAUAUUGCAUUGUUCAGCACUUGAUCCACAGACCGAGGCAUUAUCCUUAGUUGUACUUCAGAUGUUAGAGCUUAUUGUGGUUCUGCUUCUUUUAAGAUGUACCGGUAAUCCCCAAUACAAGCUUCGUGAUUUCUUUCAAGGGAAGCAAUCAACCAGAGAAAGGAACUGGUUACUUGCGUCAGCUCUUGGCUUUGUGUUCUUGGUUGUUUUAGUUUUCGUAACAUCAAUUAUCGCUGACACGUUGGUUGGUACUAAGGAAGUUAACAAUCCAAUCUUGAAGGAAAUUCUUUCGAGUGGUCCAAUAUCGAUAACAUCAUGUAUUCUAGUCUACUGUGUCAUCACCCCGUUGCUAGAAGAAAUCGUCUACAGAGGUGUCUUCUUAACCGCGCUUUCCUCCACAAUGAAAUGGCAGGAAGCAGUGACUGUUAGUUCAGUAGUUUUUAGUGCAGCUCACUUCUCUGCUGAAAAUUUCAUACAAUUAUUCAUCAUAGGUUUAAUCCUUGCAUGCUCUUAUUGCUGGAGUGGAAACUUAAAGUCUUGUAUUGUAAUUCAUUCAUUAUACAAUGCUUUAACCUUACUAAUAACAUAUACAUCAUGAAUUGUUGAU